UGUGAUCAAUCAUCAACGUAUAUACCUACCUACAAAAUAAUGUUCCUAACCUGGGGAGGAGGGAGGGACAAACUCCUUCAAUCUCCCACCUCCAACUCUUCUUUCAUGGCCGGAAUAUACGUAGUUCUGUACCAAUGCUCAUCCCCAGUCAUGACUAUUCAGACCUUAGAUUCUUGGGACACUGAGUACAGCGCUGAUACGGUGGAAUGGUGCCCAACAUCGGGAUGCCUGGAUAUUUUAGCGGUAGGGACAUAUCAAGUUGACCAAUCGGCUCAAGAGACCUUUUCAGGUUCGCAAAGACGCGGACGCAUCUACAUCCACCAAUUGGAGGAUCACAAGCUGGUUUUAAAGAGCCAAUUGGAAACCGCGGCCAUCCUAGACAUGCGAUGGCAUCCGAGGAGUGAAUCGUCUCUGUUGGCUGUUGUCGAUGCUCUUGGGUUUGUAACACUUUUCGAGCUUGACGACUCUCUGGCCUUGGUGGUACUUCAUAAACUGCCAGUGACGAAAGAUGAGGCCUUAGCCUUGUCGUUAGAGUGGAAUUGCAGGAAAGAUGGCACUCGUGCGGAAGAUUUGAUAGCCAUCAGCGACUCCAAAGGCUCGAUCUCCAUCGCUCGAGUGAACUCGAACCGUAGCCUGGAGCUCAUCGAGUCUCGUAAAAGCCAUGACUAUGAGGCUUGGAUUUGCGCCUUCAAUGCCUGGGACUCGAACGUAUUUUACUCCGGCGGCGAUGAUGCCGUUCUUUUGGGGCACGAUAUCCGCAGCCCUGAACCCAUUUUCAAGUGCCGAGAACAUGGGGCCGGAGUGACAAGUCUCUUGUCGGAUCUCCAUCGAGAGCAUUGCUUGCUUUCCGGAAGUUAUGACGAGUCCAUCUACACUUGGGAUUCAAGAAACAUGAAACAGAGCCGGGAUUCCUUGAACUUGGGUGGUGGCGUCUGGCGCAUUAAACAAAAAGCCACUUUGGCCGACAUUUAUGUCACGGCUUGCAUGAGUAACGGUUUCGCGCUGGUUCAACAAAUCGAGUCCCAACUCAAAGUUUUGGAUCGUUACGAGGAGCACACGAGUUUAGCGUAUGGCGUCGAUUUCCAAGUUGGGCCGACCUCGGCGGAUCUUCUGGCCACGUGCUCAUUUUACGACCAUUCGCUUAAACUUUGGACAUGGAAGAAAUCAUGAAACGAAACGGAUAAGAACGACAAUUCUUCUAAUUUAAUGUGCGGUAGCAUGAGUAAAAGAUGGCUUCAAAACUAUGGCCUUCGGACAGCUGCGAAAGGAACGACUCAUGGAAGCUAGGUGUAAGGGUGGUUCUUCCCAAUGACGAUGACUAGUGUGGGCUGUCGAGAUCAGAACUGGUUAAUUAGUUCCUGCGACGGACAUUGCUGUUGUUGCCGUGAGCCGGGGUGCCGCCGUUGAACUCUUCCUCCUCGUUUCCGUCAUCCUCGUCGUCACAGUCAUUGGUCUUCCGACGUUCGCACAUGAAGAUUACGAGGCAGAGGGCGAUCACCUCAGCCACAAUCCCAAUGAACGGGUAGAGAGCGGCCAACUUAUCCUUGACUCGCACGAGCGCUUGCGCCGUAACCAUCUGACCGUAGCUAUUUUCAACCUUACAGCCGUAGAUGGCUCGGUCCGAGUAGCGGGCGUCUUCAAUCUUCAACAUGGACUGAUCGUCCUCGACUUGAAUGAUCUUAAUGUGGGGCUCGCCAUCGAUGGUAUCCGA